ACCAAAGUUCCUUGCUGGCGUUUUUUGGCCUCUCAUUGGUGAAUCGCAAAGACCAAGUAGAUUCCACCAAUGGGAAGCCGUAAAACGCCAGCAAGUUUGCAGCCUUCUGGUAAAAAGCGGUGACUGAACAGUAACCUGGUUGCGGCUUUUGUGACGCAAACCGUCUUUUUAUUUACCUACUUGAUUUACUUCGGUAAUGCUCUUAUCAAGGCCCUAUAUGCUCUUAUACGGCCUUGGGUAAUCAGAACGGUAAGGCAUUUAUUAUUUGUCCCUUUAGGAUUCAUCUGUUAUCCUUAUUGAUACCUGCUUAUACUGAUCAAGAUGACAUCCAGUGCAGAUUCCAACAAUGGGUCAAAGGUCUUGGAGGCUCAGGUUUCUGAGGAUGGAGCCAAGCGCGAUCGGAAGACUCAGAAGAGGAUAGAGAAGACGGUGGAGCAGGUGAUGUCUGCUGCCAACGACAUCGCCGACCCUUCCGAGCGGCUCAUGUUUGUCUGCAGAAAGCAUGCUGAGUCACAGGAGGAAAACAAGAAACUCAAUUCGUCAAUCCGUAAGCUGGAGCAGCGGGUGGAGCAGCUUCUGAAGGAGAAGGCAUCCAUGGAGAGCGAACAGAGCAAGGCCCUGCUCACCCGCAGUCGAUUGGAGGGCCUCUGUCGCGAGCUGCAGAAACAAAACAAACUUGUCAAGGAGGAGAGUGUGGCCAAAAUUCGGGAGGAGGAGGAAAAACGGCGUGAGGUGUCGGCCAAGUUUCAGACGACUCUCAGUGACAUCACAGGAACGAUGAACGAGAACAACCAGAAGAACAACAAGCUCACAGAAGAGAACAUUGAAAUGUCCAAGAAGCUGAAGAGCUUGUGUGAACAGUACGAACAGAAUAACUCGCUUGUUGAGAAAAUGAUGAAACAGAAGGAGCUGGAGUCGCAGCUGGCCGAGGCACGGCUCGCUAAACUGCAGCUAGAAAUGAACCAGGAGAAGCAGGCCUUUCUGCUUGAAAAACAAAAACUUCUCCAGGAGAUGUCCACAUACCAGAAACGGUGUACAGACCUGCAGAUGUCGGAAGUCUCGCUCCGGGAGCAGCUCAACACCUACACCGAAAAGUACGAGGACUUUCAGGGCGCGCUGGCCAAGUCCAGCAAGGUCUUCAACAACUUCAAAUCGGAAAUGGAGAAGAUGCAGAAGAACAUCCGCCGGUUGGAGAAGGAGACUGCCACCUGGCGACAGCGCUGCGAGGGCAGCAACCGCUCCCUCAUCAAGAUGGCCGAGCAGAAACAGGCCGACGACGCGCAGCUGCUGGGACAGCGGCGGCGCAUCGACACCCUGGAGCGGCUCUGCCGGGCGCUGCAGGCGCGCGCGGCCGCCGGUGUCGGGGCGGAGGACGGCGGCGGAGGGGAGGCGGAGGAGGCGGCAGAGGGGGCCGCGGCGGUACCCGAGAGGGCGAUCAACGGGCAAGGCGACUGUGCGGAGUCGGCGGUCUCCAGUUCCGAGGAGCGGCCGGACACCACCCCCGCCGACUCGCCCGCGGUAAGCUGCUGCCAGGACGCCGCCGUCGACUCUACCUCAGGGGUCACCGGCUCUGGCGACACCAGUCCCGGCGAGUCGACCACCCCUGAGCCCUCCGCCCCCGCCCCCACCCCGUCCGGCGCGCCCGCGGAGGCGGAGCCGGUGUCUCUGUGAGUCCCAUCACCUCCCUCCCUCCCUCCCCGAGCACCGCCGGGCGGCCGCCCGGCCAGCCCGCCGUAUGCAGAGGCGCGCAUCACCACGGGACGUGAUGAGCGCGCCACCUCCACGGCCGCCAGGCCGCCCCUCACGCUGUGGUUUUCGCCCUUUGUUGUCCCUUCAUGUGCACAUAAUAUAGUGUUGAAUAAACCGUCAUGUGAAUCACGUG